UCUUCUUAAGACCCCCAAUUUCAGCUUCAUUUACAAGACUUUUAAUUUCUUCUCUCUGUCAGCUUCUUCAUACCUGGCUGCUACCAUCACUCUCCUUCUAGCCUAGCUACCUGGUGCUUCAGAUCCAUCGCAGCCAUGGGUGAGACAAAGGUCACAAUAAUGGUGAUAAAGGUGGAUCUUCAAUGCGAAAAGUGCUACAAGAAGAUCAAGAGAGUGCUCUGCAAAAUCCCUCAAAUUCGAGACCAGAUAUACGAUGAGAAGAAUAACACAGUGACAAUCAAGGUGGUAUGUUGUAGCCCUGAGAAGAUCAAAAAGAAGAUUUGCUGCAAAGGAGGUGACUCUGUCAAAUGCAUUGAGAUUGUUCCCGAGAAGAAACCUGAAAAGCCCAAACCAGCACCACCACCACCAGAGAAGCCCAAACCAGCACCACCACCACCAGAGAAGCCCAAACCAACACCGCCACCACCAGAGAAGCCCAAACCAGCACCCCCACCACCAGAGAAGCCCAAACCAGCACCACCACCACCAGAGAAGCCCAAACCAGCACCACCACCACCAGAGAAGCCGCCUCAGCCGGUACCACAGCCAUGUCCGGUUUACCCACCGGCUUUCCCAAUUGGGGUGUGUUGUGUGGAGUGUUAUGGAGGAAGAGGCGGUGGGCCGUGCUACCAGGGAUAUGGAUAUCCGCCGCGGGUUUAUGAUGGGUAUUGUGGAACACCAGUUUAUGACAGCUGGGGCGGAGGUGGCUAUCCCGUCAGCAGAUGUGGAGAAAGUUCGUCCAUCUGCUCAAUCAUGUGAACACAACACCACACCCCGUCAGCCAGUCUUUGUGUUUUGGGUUAUUUUUCAAUAAAUAUGAAUGGGGCGCUUAGGAUAUUGUUAAGACUUAAGACGGGAUUGAUAAUACGAAAGAAUAAUAAAGAUUUUGUAUGAUAUUAUUAUGACCAAAA